ACGUGUUUCGUUCUCUGGACAUGUCGGGUCGCAAUCGCUACGAAAGGCCAAUUAUAGUGGCGGGACCCACGCCCGCCAGCGCACCCUUCAAAAGGCCGGAAACGCAAUGCGGCGUUUAUGUAGUACCCUUGUGCCCUCAAAAGCCAGGUUCACUAUAGACUUACUCCUCGAGGUUACAUAUCUUGCCCUGCAUCUUCCUUACUUUCUCUUUAUCAAUACAUAACCUUGCUCCUGGUAAAGGGCAGGCCUCACUUUCUCCCGAACAAUUUGACUUGUCUUACAAUGGACAAUACCCCCAACAUGCAGACACCUACAUCGUCGACUGCUCAAGUUCAUUUUUCCAGUGAUGUCCGCAACAUGGAUAACUGGGCUCGCCGUACAGGCAUUCCGUUGACCACAGCGGAAGCUUUAGGCACUACUUAUGCUCGUGCUCAUAAAUGGUUGAUGUCGCUCAGAGCCCAACUAAUUCAGCACCACGGGUGGCAGGACGCCGAAGCCGCCGCUGAUACUCGUAUGCUCUUCACCGUAGAAGCGCCUUCUCCAUGGCGCUCCCCCAAUGGGCUCCCUUUGAGCCCCAAGUUGCGACUACAACUCCCCACACACGCAUCUUCUUUUUUCUCUCCAGAGCGACGCGUUCAGUGGCAAAUGGUGUUCCACAGUGACAUCUUUGCCACUCAGCGACUUAUCGUCCAACCCAUCACCGACAUCCUGAAUCUCAUCCAAUGCCUACUCACUGGUGUUGUGACCCUUGUGUACGAGGAGCAACUACCUCAAGGCACCUAUACCACCACUCGGGGUCUCCCGUCGGUGCAGUGGAUAACCAAUAACCAGGCCGCCCUCCUUGAAGUCUUUGGGCAUGCCCAUUUCAAACAACUCUGGAAGGCUGCCAACGACAGAACGACAUCGUUCAAAGUUGACUUUGAACCUCGGCGCCGUUGAUCGUGGAGUGGCACAAAAGCCCUUACCCUGGGGGCCAAGGCUCGCGUGCAGCAAGCGCCGUAUUUUGUCGAGCGCGAUCUCCAUCUUUUCAUUUCCCUACUUGUGAUCCGCUUCGUUACCUGAUUUGUGAUUGUGCCCUUCGCCGCAUUGUUGCCAUAUACUGCUUUCCUUACGCGUCCUCGGCAUAAUUUUUUAUAUCUCCACAUAGACCACUCGCAUAUCGUUAAUUCGCUUUAUUCU